CUUGUGGGCAGGGUGGGGGAAAAAGGGGGCAGGUGUGCGCCGAUCUAAGUAAAAGUUUUCUGGUUACAAGGUUUUACCGAAAACGUCGAAUUGUAUUAUUGAGACGUGUGGAAAAAUGGGAAUAGCUGAAGCUUUCUUCAUUUUUGCAGUGCUUUCUGCCGCAUCUGGGAUGCAAGUGUCCAUUCCGCAGAAGGUUUACGAGGUCGCCAGGGGUGAUAACAUCAGUCUGCCCUGCACGUUUAAGUCCCAAAUCUCAGACAUCUCAAGUGGUUCGGCCUCUUGGAACAUUCUAGGGAGCAACCCUGAUGAGCCCACAUCGGAUCCGGUGGCUAUCUACUACUUCUCGGGGGGUCAGUUGGAUGUGUCGUCCCAGUUCACAAAUAGAGCCUCCAUGAAUCCGCAGCCCUACAACGGGCAGGUCGACCUCUCCCUUUCCAACAUCAUGAUGUCGGACAAUGCGACGUUCGAGUGCCAUGUCCAGGUCCCGAAGGAUAUGGCAGGAAGCCCGAAUGCGAAAACCCGACUGGUCGUGCUGGUGGCUCCCUCGGUACCUGUAUGCGGGAUCCAGGGGUCGCCAACGAUAGGCCAGGACAUCAUGCUGACCUGCAAAUCCAGUGAAGGUUCUCCUGUACCCACAUACACCUGGAACAGUUACGAUAAGAACAACGUCCCCAGGGCCCUCCCGCCCCGGGCUACCAGCAAGGAUGGUGUAUUGUCACUCUUCAAUAUUUCUGCGGACACCACUGGCUAUUACAUCUGCAAGUCUGCAAAUAAGAUUCGCGCCCAGUCCUGCAAUUAUACUCUGGCCGUCACAUUACCCUCCAUGAGCGUCGGCUCUGCAGCCAUCUUUGCUGGGGUCGGCCUGGCCGUCGUCCUCGUGCUUGGCAUCAUCAUCUAUUGCUGCUGCUGCCGCCGCCGGAAGGAGAAGGAUACCGAGGACUACGACAUGGGGGAGACAGAACAACCCUUGAAUGACUCGACUGCCAAGGCCAACACAGUGGAAUACCGUGAUGAUGAACGCCAUGUCACCUGCAAGGAUGGAUUGGAUGUCCGUGCUGAGCCCAAAGAGAAUGGGAGAGAUGACGAACAUGAUGACAACUACGGUGGUCAACGGGAUAACUAUGACGACCGCCGGAGUGACUAUAGCGGCCGACGGGAUAACUAUGACGACCGCCGGAGUGACUAUAGCGGCCGACGGGAUAACUAUGACGACCGCCGGAGUGACUAUAGCGGCCGACGGGAUAACUAUGACGACCGUCGGAGUGACUAUAGCGGCCGACGGGAUAACUAUGAUGAUCGGUAUGAUGACCGUAGCAACAGGUACGAUGACCGGCGUGAUGAUUAUGACCGUGGCAACAGAUACGAUGACAGGCGGGAUCGAUACGAUGACCGGCGUGAUGAUUAUGACCGACGGGAUCGAUACGAUGAUCGGCGCGACAGACGUGGUUCAUAUGAUGAUCGCAUUGAUGACCGCAAUGAUAACCACAAUGACCAGUACAAUGACCGUCGCAACCAAUAUGAUGAGGUCUCUGACAACGGUCAUGAAAGACCGCCAAGUGUCCCCCCCAACAAACCAAGGAAAAUGGACUGAACUCAAAUCUGCCCCACCCACGGGAGGCGGGAGGGAGGAGUUUGUGAAGCAUGCUUUGCCUGCACUCAUAGCGUACUUGAGCUCGAGGGGUUACUAUGUAGAGGGCAGCCUAUUGACGUGAACCAGUCCAUUUGUUACCGUUCAGUUGCAAAGGAUGCCUUAAAUUGUGAAUUAUGUCUGUUGUAGUUAAAUUUGAACUUCAGGCUUCUUGUCUUCCUAGUAUUGGUGUAUUCAGUGUUCCUGCUACACUGUUCAAGAUAAUCUCAGGGGAUUUUUUUUUCCUGUCAAUUUUUACUCUGGUAUACUUCAUCUUUGUGGGAUUCUUUCAUCGGGGCAAAUAAUUCUUAUUUUUAUAUCUGUAUUUGUUUUUUUAUAUGUACUUUUAAAAAAUCAGUUAAUAUUUUGAAUCUUUAACAUGAUUUUUUUUUUUUCUUAAUAAAUGUGGUGUUUUAUUAAUUUGAAUCUCUCUGCUUGCUGGUUGUGUAGAAACAAGCCUUGUGUCAUUUAAAUGUGUGUUUGGUGAUGAAUAUGGCUGAGCUUGCUGGGAAGUCCUGAGGAUGCAGCUAAGCUUCACUGAGUCCAUAUCCUUUACACAGCAGGUCAGGAAAGGUGACGGGUUCUCCAGCUUGUCUCCAGUUUUAAUAAACAAACAAAAAUAAA